AUGGUGACAUUUCGUUGGAAUUCCACUGGUAUCACCAUAGCAGGCAAUGGUACGCCAGGUGUAGCUGCCAAUGAAUUCAACUAUCCUUUCAUUCUAGCAUUGGAUUCGCUCAAUACACUCUAUAUCGGAGAUUUAAACAAUAGUAGAGUUCAGAAAUGGGCGUCCAACACCUGGGUUGGCACUACUGCGGCAGGCCAAGCCAACGGAACAAGCGGUUCAAGUUCUUACUAUUUGAGCAAAGCUGGCGGUUUCGCUGUUGACUCAAGUGGCAACGUCUAUAUCGCCGAUAUCUCUGGAACACUUUACAUAGCUGACACACUCAAUCGUCGCGUUGUUCGUUAUCUGGCAGGUGCAUCAUCUGGCACUAUAGUUGCUGGUGAAAAUGGGGUUGGACUCAAUAAUUAUCAGUUGAAUUAUUCAAUUGGUCUUUAUUUUGAAUCUUCAUCAAACAGUUUGGUGAUUGCUAAUGCUGGAGCAAACAACAUUGUUCGUUGGGUUGUAGGUGCCAAUAAUUGGACGUUGGUAAUUGGAAGUUCAAAUGCAACAAUCGGCAGUACAUCGACUAUGUUUUACUAUCCAGUUACUGUAACAUUCGACCGCUACGACAACAUUGGUACAACGAUUGCUGGUGUUGUUGGCACACAAGGAAAUAAUGCUACUCUACUUAAAUAUCCAUAUUCAAUAAUUCUCGACGGCAAUCUUAAUUUAUAUGCAGGAGAUAGUGGCAAUCAUCGAAUUCAAAACUUUUUACGCUAUUAA